AUGUACCUCUCAAAAUCAAUCUUACUCUUCCUCUUCUCAUCGUUACCCUCAAUUCUCGCAGCGACCGAUUCAAAAACCCCUCCGAAGCCAUGUACCAUUCACUCUCCUUCAACCGGCUCGUUCUUCGAUCUUCGCCCUCUACAAUUGACCCUCGAGGGUACCAAGUACCAAUCCGCCAGUAAUGAUUCAUACCAUUCAAAAGGAUAUGACUAUCCCGCCAAUUUCACCAUGAAUUUCUGCGGCCCAGUGGUUGAAGAGUUGGAAGAUGUCGAAGGAAUACCCUCCAGCAGACUGAAAAACAUCUCGGCCUACUACAAAGACUCGCGUGGUGACAUCUAUAGCAUUGGUCAACAGAACGACCAGCCUCUCUUUCGGGGCAAGAAGCUUGUCCUCAAUUACACCAUGGGCUCACCCUGUCCCGACCUUGAUGACGAUGGUAAGCCUAUCGAUGCGGAACUCGUCGCAGACAAGACCAACAACAGGCACAAAUCCACCCUCUUGUCCUUCAUCUGUGACACAUCCCCGCUUCUCUCGACCCGUCCUGCUAUCAACUUCCUUGGUUCUCCAGACCACUGUACCUACGUCUUCGAAGUCAGAUCCCGCUAUGCUUGCGGUGGCACCACGCAGUCCGGAGAAAAAGGCACGCUGGGUCCGGGCGCAGUCUUUGGUCUGAUCGCAGGUAUUGCCUUGCUGGUAUACCUCAUCGGUGGUAUUGUUUAUCAGCGUAAUGUACUCCAUCAAAGAGGUUGGAGACAGUUGCCAAACUAUGCCAUGUGGGCUGGUAUCUUUGGCUUCUUCUCGGAUAUGUUUGUUCUCCUGUUCUCCUCAUGCACGCAAAGGAUGCCUGGAGGACUCACUCAACUCUUUGCCGGCCGCCGUGGAUACCAUCGUGUGGGCACCGAGGAACGAGCACACGGACGCAACCGCACCCCGGACGACGAAAACCGAUUGAUUGACCAGCUCGAUGAAGAGUGGGAAGAUUGA